CUUUUCAUUUGGUUUAUGCAGUGGUGAGGGAUUUUUUCUUCUAUAAAUUGUGUUAAUUACACUGUCCCUUUCUUACAUUCAAGAUGAGAAACUUUUACUUGAUCUUGCUUCAUAUUUUCCUAACAUUUGUGUUGACACAUUCAGCGCCUAAAGGAUCUCUUAUAACCAAUGUUCCAGGCUUCAAUGGAUCUCUACCUUCAAAGCACUAUGGAGGGUAUGUAACAAUAGAUGAAAGUCAUGGUAAGAACUUGUAUUACUAUUUUGUUCAAUCAGAAGGCGAUUCAUCAAAGGACCCUAUUGUUCUAUGGCUGAAUGGUGGACCAGGAUGUUCUAGUUUUGAUGGUUUUGUAUAUGAACAUGGUCCUUUUUAAUUUUGACAAACCUGUCAAUGGAUCCUUGCCUAAGUUGCAUCUCAAUCCAUACAGUUGGUCAAAGGUUUCCAACAUUAUAUAUUUGGACUCACCCGUUGGAGUAGGAUUUUCAUAUUCGAAAAAUACAUCUCAGUACGAAACUGGAGAUGAAAAGACUGCAACUGAUUCACAUACUUUUCUCCUCAAAUUUCUUGCAAACCCCUUAUACCUUGCUGGAGAAUCUUAUGCUGGAGUUUAUGUGCCUACUCUUGCUCAUAAAGUAGUACAAGGAAUUGAAGCUGGUAUCAAACCUAAACUGAAUUUCAAGGUUAUUUGAUUGGAAAUCCUGUUGCUGAUGAACAAUUUGAUGGCAAUGCUCUUGUUCCUUUUGCACACGGAAUGGGUCUGAUCUCUGAUCAAAUACUCGAGAACAUAACAAAAGCAUGCAACGGGACUUUCUAUGCAAUAAACUCUAGUGACUGUAACCAUUGGUUGUCGAACCUUAAUGAUGUGAUGAAAUUUGGGUAGAGAAUAAUAGUUGGUACCAUAAUUGGAUUUCUAGGGUCAUCAUUUGGAACUGUGGGAGGUGUUGGUGGAGGUGGCAUAUUUGUUCCCAUGCUUACUCUUAUUAUUGGAUUCGAUGCAAAAUCAGCAACAGCAAUAUCAAAAUGAGGAUAACUUGGAAGAGUUUGGUGAAUAUUAAAAUAAUAGAGUUAAUACCUAUUAUGUCGUUGCACUUACUGUUAAAUUGUUUGUUCCGCACAUAUCUUUCAUGUGUCUGUUUAUGUUCUAUAGAAUGCAUACAUGCUAAUGUUGAUGUUUUGAUAUUGUUUCUAUUUCAAUUAUUCCUUCAUGAAUGAUCGUUUGAUUAUUUAUGAGUUUGGCUUUAGAUUGUUUCUUCCAUUGUUUGAUUUUGAAUAGGGUUUGUAUUUUAAUUGUUGGAAGCUGUUGUAUUAAUCAAUGAAUGAUGUGAAUCUAAAUUCUAAUAUAACAAUCUGAUUUAGUUCAAUCUCCUAAGCUUUGUUUAUUUUAUUAACAGAAAACAAUUAACUACACUUGUUUGCAUUUUCCAGGAGUAACUAGAAAUGCAAAUAUCUAAUGGUGAAGGAUAAUACUAACAAUAUGAAUUUUGUUUCAGGCCCCGCCAAUGUUUACUUUUCUAGUUUUGUUUAAACAAAUGUGGGAUUCAGAGUGUCUGAAACUUACAUUUACCAUGCUUAUCAGUCGAUUGUGUUUUAUUUAUGUUUAGACAGUUUAGCAAGACCAAGAUGAUUAAUUACCUACAGAAACAGACCGCGUAUCUUGCAUAGCUGCAACGAAAACAUUGGAAGGUUACUUCAUUAUUAAGAAUAGAGCAGACAAAUUCAUGAUGAUAGAUAGAGAAACUAUUUACGUGUAGCAUAAGUUGUUAGUUAGAGACUGAAUCUCAUCUGCGCUGAAAUUGUUCUCAUCCCAGAGGAAAUGAUAGUGUGCUGGUCUACUUGUACCCUGCAAAAUUUCCAACCACAACAUAAAUUGAAUACCGCCAUAUUAUACCCAUU